AUGCUCGAGUUCAUUUUGUUCCGUGAGGAUAUAGCAGAGCUGAGGUUCUUGCGCAGCAGUACUAUUAGCGCAGGCCCUAGUUUCUGGACUGAUAUCGCGACCGCCUUUUCCACCGCUGAGUUCGGCCUCGCCUUGUUUGAGCAAUCAGCCGACCCCAUACCUGAUUUCGACGGGUUUAGUGCUCGCUCAGGUCUGACAUGGACCAGUCAGCAUUCCCCUAAGCGAGCUGUGGUUCCAUUCCAGGCGCUCCGCGUAAUCGAGAUGGGCCAUUCAGGGCCCGGGUUGGGCACCGACGAGGCUCGUGUGGAUCCACCGCCAUGA